AUGGCGCACGGGCAGGAGUCGUCGACGCAGGCCGCCGCAGCGCCAGCGCUGUGCGCGAACGGCUGCGGGUUCUACGGGAGCGCGGCGGCCAAGAACAUGUGCUCCAAGUGCUACCUAGAGCACCUCAAGGCCACCGAUACGGCCACCCCCGCCGUCGAGGGGAAGACGAAGAUCAAGGCCGACGUGGCCAACCUCGUCUCCAACUUCAAGACGUCGCUGACCCUGCAGGACUCCGGCGCUGCCGCUGCCGCCGAAGCACCGGCGGCCGAAGCACCAGCGAAGAAGGCGGCGCCGACCAGGUGCAUGGCGUGCAAGAAGAAGGUCGGGCUGCUGGGGUUCGCGUGCCGCUGCGGUGGCACCUUCUGCUCGCUGCACCGCUACGUGGACGGGCACGCGUGCGAUUUCGACUACAAGAAGGUCGACCGGGAGAAGAUCGCCCAGCAGAACCCUCUGAUCGCGCCGUCCAAGAUCGACAAGAUUUGA